AUCAAAUCGACCACACCUCCUCUCCCCCAUCCCACUACUACUACCACCACCACCCCCAACCCAUCCCCAACUCAGAGGGCCUGCGGCAUAUCUCCUCUCUCCCCUCUCCUUCACGAAACUACACUUCCUAUAUACAAAAUGUUCAGAACGGCUCUCCGCCAAACCACCCGCACCGUCGGGGCCCUCUCGGCUGGGAGGAUCGUUGCGGCACGAAAUGCCGCCCCCGCCAUUGUCUCGCACGUCCGCAACUACGCCGGCGAGGCCAAGGCUUCCCCCACAGAGGUCUCCUCGAUCCUUGAGGCCCGCAUUCGGGGUGUCCAGGAGGAGGCUGCCAUGGCCGAGACCGGACGUGUCCUGUCGGUUGGUGACGGUAUCGCCCGUAUCCACGGUCUUACCAAUGUCCAGGCCGAGGAGCUGGUCGAGUUCGCUUCCGGCGUCAAGGGUAUGUGCUUGAACUUGGAGGCCGGCCAGGUCGGAGUUGUGCUUUUCGGUUCGGACCGUCUCGUCAAGGAGGGUGAGACCGUCAAGCGUACCGGAGAGAUUGUCAACGUUCCCGUCGGACCGGAGCUUCUCGGACGUGUCGUCGACGCCCUGGGUAACCCCAUCGAUGGAAAGGGUCCCAUCAACGCCAGCGAGCGCCGCCGCACCGAAGUCAAGGCCCCCGGUAUCUUGCCCCGUACCUCCGUCAGGGAGCCUGUCCAGACCGGUCUUAAGUCCGUCGACGCCAUGGUCCCCAUUGGACGUGGUCAGCGUGAGUUGAUCAUUGGUGAUCGUCAGACUGGUAAGACUGCCGUCGCUCUUGACACCAUCCUGAACCAGAAGCGAUGGAACAACGGCACCGAUGAGUCCAAGAAGCUCUACUGUGUCUACGUCGCCAUUGGACAGAAGCGUUCGACCGUCGCCCAGUUCGUGCAGACCCUUGAGGAGAACGAUGCCAUGAAGUACUCCAUCGUUGUUGCUGCCACUGCCUCCGAGGCCGCUCCUCUCCAGUUCUUGGCCCCCUUCACUGGAUGUGCCAUCGGAGAGUGGUUCCGUGACAACGGCAAGCACGCCGUCAUCAUCUACGACGAUCUGUCCAAGCAGGCUGUUGCCUACCGUCAGAUGUCGCUGUUGCUUCGUCGUCCUCCCGGACGUGAGGCUUACCCUGGAGACGUCUUCUACCUGCACUCUCGUCUUCUCGAGCGUGCCGCCAAGAUGGGUAAGGCACACGGCAGCGGAUCGCUGACCGCCCUUCCCAUCAUUGAGACCCAGGGUGGUGACGUAUCUGCCUACAUUCCCACCAACGUCAUUUCCAUCACCGAUGGACAGAUCUUCUUGGAGUCCGAGCUGUUCUACAAGGGUAUCCGACCUGCCAUCAACGUCGGUCUUUCCGUCUCCCGUGUCGGUUCGGCCGCCCAGGUCAAGGCCAUGAAGCAGGUUGCCGGUUCCCUGAAGCUUUUCUUGGCUCAGUACCGUGAGGUCGCCGCCUUCGCCCAGUUCGGUUCCGACUUGGACGCCUCGACCAAGUCCACCCUUGCCCGUGGUGAGCGUCUGACUGAGCUGUUGAAGCAGAAGCAGUACCAGCCCAUGGGUGUUGAGGAGCAGGUUCCCCUCAUCUACGCCGGUGUCAACGGUCAUCUUGACAGCAUCCCCGUCGCCAGGAUCGGACAGUUCGAGACCGACUUCUUGGCCCACUUGAAGUCCAACGAGUCGGACCUGUUGGCCACCAUCAGCAAGGAGGGUGCUCUGUCGAAGGAGCUGGAGGCUAAGCUGAAGGAAGUCACCGUCUCCUUCGUAAAUUCAUUCUUGUAAAUGCUGUUUGCGGGGUGAGGGGGAUUCCUUUUGCGGGUUGUGUGUAGUGUAGGAUCUGUCAUAGACGCAGUGCUUUUUCCAAAACUGUAUUUAAAAGCGUCUUAAUUUCAGAAACGUGUGGGAUGCGUUUUGCUCUUGGUCUACAGAGAAAGCGGAUCCUCCUCCACAACGUAUAUCUGCUCAACCGAUGACAAAAAAACGAUCCAUCAAUGAUAAGAUAUUUUUCUCAACGUGCUGCCGGUCCGCUGUUCCCGUAGGGAAGCAGCCAUUCGCUCGAUGCAAGGGGGCAGGGGGUGGGUUGGCACAGAUCACCGUCGGCAACCGG